GCGGUGGCAAGGCUGCAGCCGCUGGGAGCCGGAGAAGGGGAAGAGCCUGAGUGGGGUGGGGGAGUCGCAGCGAGGACUCCGAGCAGGGACCCUUGGAGACUGUGCCGCGCCGCUCCGGGCGCCCAACCGACCGGCCAUGCCGAAUAAAAACAAGAAGGAGAAGGAACCUGCAAAAUUGGGCAAAAGUGGAAAAAGUUGUAAAGAUGGACAAGAUAACCAAGAACAUGAGGUGUCAAACAAAAAAACAAACAGCGCUCCUCCCCCAGCACAGUUAUCUAAAAUCAAAGUACCUGCUCCACAGACUGUACUGAAGAAGGAAAAACGGCAGAGUUCUUCAAGGUUUAAUGUUAGCAAUAACAGGGAACUCCAAAAACUGCCAGCUUUAAAAGAUGUUCCUCCUGCUGAGCAAGAAAAGCUUUUUAUUCAGAAGUUGCGACAAUGUUGUGUUCUUUUUGACUUCGUUUCUGAUCCACUGAGCGACCUAAAGUGGAAGGAAGUAAAGCGAGCUGCUUUAAGUGAAAUGGUAGAGUACAUCACACAUAAUCGCAAUGUGAUCACAGAGCCCAUUUACCCUGAAGUAGUACAUAUGUUUGCAGUUAACAUGUUUCGAACAUUGCCACCAUCUUCUAAUCCAACGGGAGCAGAAUUUGAUCCAGAGGAAGAUGAACCAACUCUAGAAGCUGCCUGGCCUCACCUACAGCUUGUUUAUGAAUUUUUCUUAAGAUUUUUAGAAUCUCCAGAUUUCCAACCUAAUGUAGCUAAGAAAUAUAUUGAUCAGAAGUUUGUAUUGCAGCUUUUAGAACUCUUUGAUAGUGAAGAUCCUCGGGAAAGAGAUUUUCUUAAAACUACUCUUCACAGAAUAUAUGGGAAAUUCUUAGGCCUAAGAGCUUACAUCAGGAAACAAAUUAAUAAUAUAUUUUAUAGGUUUAUUUAUGAAACAGAACAUCAUAAUGGCAUAGCAGAAUUACUGGAAAUAUUGGGAAGGUAAUUAAUGGAUGUUGCCUU